CGUGUUUACAAGCGAAGCGUGACGUUCACGGACCCGCACAAAUCCGUCUUCAACCGAGGCUAAGCUCGUGUAGUUUUUUUUUUCAGGCUAACCCUCUCCCCCAAAAAAAUGCUGCACCUGAGAGUUUUCCUUAACGAGAGACUGAACGCCGUGGCCGAGGAGAUAUUAGGAGCGGUGGAAAAGACAAUAAUCGUGUACCAGGAGGAGCUUUUACGCUCCAAAGAUUCAGAAAUCCAGCAGCUCAAGAUGCAGCUGAAGCUCCAAAACUCGGUCGAUCCUGAUUCGGAACAAUAUCUAGAAACCGAGCAGCUGCAUUCUCCUCCCCCUCCCUCUGCUUCCCCUUCUCCUUCUGGGUCUCCUUCUGUCCAGCCACAUCAGUCAUCCCCUGCAAUGGCUGCUCCGCAUGAGGAGGAGCACCCGCAGGGGGAGGAGGAGGAGGAGGAGGAGGAUGAGCUUGACUGCGCCGACCAGGAGCAACCGGAGACCUCGCAGGUCAAAGACGAGCAAGAAGAGGCAACGAAGAGGCACUUCUGGAUGGUCCACGACCCCACAGAGAACCAAGAAGACCCGGAACCACAUGUGCAGGAGUUCAUCUCCCCCCACACCGGCAUGCUGACCAGCAUCCACGACCAAGCCUUGCAUUUCCAGCAGCAGUUCGCCAGCAGCAACAACAACGGCGGCGGAGGGAGCAGCAGCGGAGAGGAGAGCAGAGACAGACCCUACAUCUGCUCCGUGUGCGAGAAGCGCUUCAGCAACUGCUCCCACCUGGCAGCACACAUCAGGACCCACACGGGAGAGAGGCCCUACAUGUGCGACAUCUGCAGGAAGACCUUCAUCACCACAAGCGCCCUGAACAGACACCAGACCAUUCACACCGAGGGGAAACGCUACAUAUGUGCUUUCUGUGGCAAGUCCUUUAAAUGGAUGGAGUCUCUUGGCAGGCAUGUAAGGAGCGUCCACAAGAGGGAAAAUAUACAAGAAUGAGCUCCACACUCAUUCCCUGGUGGCUUAGUUAUACUGUAAUUAUUACAAAUCCGCUUAUGCAUUGAUCAUACAUUUGAAAUGUGAUUUACUGUAUGUAGUGUUGAAAAUUCUUGGACAACUUGUGUACAUUAAUAUGUGCAAGAAUAAAUCUUUUUACUUAAUGUCUUGUUCACAUUUCAUGUAAGAAUAAAACUUAAAUUCUC